GGGAGAGCUGCCCCCUCUAGCCCCAAAACCUCAGCUCCGCUCCACUUCUCUUCUUCCUCUCUGCCUCUCUGUCCCUGCCUCUCUCUCUCUCUCUCUCUUCGGAGGGGAAAACCUCUCUCAAGGCUCCCAGGCUCUUCCCUCAAGAAAAGCAGAAGGAAGAAGCCCGCUUACGAUAGUACAAACUUGGUGAUCCAAUCUGCUGCAACAGUGAAAGAAACAACAUACUUGUUGUAACAGGAUUCCUUCGGGUAUCAAAGUCAGAUUGUUGUGAGAAAGAACUCAUUCUAAAGAUUAGUGGUCUGGACAUUAUCUGCUAAAAGGUAUCCUGCUGAAACAAGUGUAUUGCUGUUGCUGUUGCUGGCGGUUUCCUGAAGGCAUUACCCACAUCCGUGUGCAAACAUCCCACUGACUGCAAAGAUGGAACUGCAAAAAAUGGGAAGCGAGAAUGGCACUGAAAGAUUCAAUGGUACCAUACCUGACAGUGACAAAGCAGCUGUCUUGGAGGAUGGGUAUGAGGAAGAGGAACGUAUUUCAGCAGAACAAGAUGGCUUCUUGCCUAACGCUGCCAGCAAGAAAUUCAGCCAAUUCACUGAUUUUGAGGGAAAGACUUCGUUUGGGAUAUCAGUCUUUAAUCUGAGCAACGCCAUCAUGGGGAGUGGCAUCCUGGGCCUGGCCUAUGCCAUGAGGAAUACGGGAAUCACCCUCUUUGUGAUCCUUUUGAUCUGCAUUGCUUUGCUCUCCUCCUAUUCCAUUCAUCUGCUGCUGAAGUGUGCUGGAGUUGUUGGAAUUAGAGCUUAUGAACAGCUGGGAUUGAAGGCCUUUGGCCAUGGGGGCAAAGUGGUGGCUGCGGUCAUAAUUUCAAUACACAACAUAGGAGCUAUGUCCAGUUACUUGUUCAUUGUUAAAUCUGAACUGCCACUUGUGAUCCAAACCUUCUUAGGGCUGACGGCAAACAAUGGCGAAUGGUACAUGAACGGGCAAAUUUUAAUAGUUGUCGUCAGCGUUAGUGUCAUCCUGCCCUUGGCUUUGAUGAAACAUUUAGGUUAUCUUGGUUAUACUAGUGGACUCUCACUCACCUGUAUGUGUUUCUUUCUCAUCUCGGUAAUUUACAAGAAAUUCCAGAUCCCUUGUCCCUUCAAUGAUACUGUGGUGGUCAAUAGCACCAUGGAGUCCAGUCAUGAUGUCUGUAGUGCUGAAGCCUUUCCUCUCAAUUCUCAGACUGCAUAUGCAAUCCCCAUCUUGGCAUUUGCCUUCGUUUGCCACCCAGAAGUGCUUCCUAUUUACACUGAGCUGCGCAG